GCUUUCGUAAACUGGUAUUAGCUUUGGUAAAAGAUGGCGGCAAAACUGAGCACUCCAGAUGAUUAUAGUCAAGAAAAACCUUUACUCUUGCCCCCAACUCAUUUUGUUGUACGACAAGAGGAAAAACUAGAAAAUAAUGAAUCUACGGAGAGGGAGAAAGAAGUUCAAGAAUUACAGAUUAACCUUCAGAAACGUUAUGACGAUGCUCUACUAGAAAUGAAAGAGCUUAAAGAACAAAUUCAUAAGUUUACGGAAAAAAAACGAGAUAUAGUUGAAAGUAUAAGCCCUAUGCAGCAGUUAAUGAGUCCACUAUUUCACACAAAUGCUGUUCAGAAUCUACACGAAAUUAUAGAUACUCAAAAGAAAGAAAUAAAUAUUUUAUCAAAAGAGCUCGAAACUUCAAAAAUUACCUACGAGAAAGAGCUAAUGAAAAAAGAAACGGAAUUCUCUAUUAGAGAAAGAAAUUUUCAAGAAGAAAUAAGAAUCUUGAAGUCACAUUUAGUCGAAUUAAAAGAGGAUAAAAAAGUUUCUAUUACAAAUUUAGAAGAGAAAUUAAAAGAUGAAGAAAAUAAAUAUAUUUCGACAAUUAAUCAUUUAAAAGAGAAAUUAAACGACAAAGUAAAUACUUUAGAAGAUAGUCUUUCAAAGAUAAAUAAUGAAAAAGAUAGUUUAGAAAAUGAUUUACAACGUUUAAAAAAGGAAACGGAAAUUAGAGAAAAGGAAUUGGAAUUGGUAGUAUCAAGUCAAAAAUCCGAAUUAAAUAAACUUAAAUCUUACUUGUCCGAAGCCGAACUGGAAUCUUCUGAUAGAACUAAUCAAAGAAUAAUAAAAACUUUACAAGCUAAAAUUGAGAGUUUAGAAAAGGAAGGUGAACUUUUACAAACAACAGCCGCUAAUACAAAAACCAGAUUCGAUUGUCAAAAUCAAAUUUUAUGCACUCAAGAAAAUGAACUAAUGAAAUCUAUACAAAAAAGUGAACAAAGAGAGAAUCUAUUAACAAAAUGGCGUCAAGAGGUAUGGAAAUUAUUAGUAAAAACAAAGCAAAAAGAAGCAAUUUAUAAUAAAGAGAAAUUUGAAUUAAAAAAUAAGAUAACUAUUUUAAAUGAAAAAUGCGAAAGUAAUGAAAAUCAAAUAAAUAUUUUAAAGCAUACUAUAGACGAUAAAAAUGCAGAAAUUAGCAUUUGUAAAAGUGAAUACGAAAAUGUGAAAAGGGAAUUAAUUUCUGUUCAAAGAAUUACUGUUGAUAUUGAUGAUCAGUAUCAAAACGCUUGUAAAUGUCUUGGUAAUUUCUUAUUUGUUAAAAGUCUAUCUGGCGAAAUAAAGCGACACGAGGAUUUCUGUUCUGAUUUAUCCUUGAAAAUACUAUCUUUUGAUAGAAGGAUAUCCUUUGCCGGAAACAGAAUACAAUUUAUUCAAGACCAAUUAACGAACAGACAGUAUCAACAGCAACAACAGUAUAAAGAUAUUGAAAAAGAGGAAUUAAGAUGCGAGUUAAACGAUAUAAAAGUCGAAUUGGAACGAGUUAAAUCCGAAAGAGCAAACUUAAUUAAACAAGUUAGAAAUGAUAGCGAACAUAUUGAUGAUAAGAUAAGAAAAAAUGAAAAAAUAUAUACGGACGAAAUUAAUCAAUUAAAGAAUCGAAUUGGCGAAUUGCAUGCUGAAAAUUUGGCUAUUGAAGAGAAAAAAAACUAUUUAGAGAAGAAUUUGGAGAAAAUACAAGAAAAUGUUACUGAACUUGAGAAUUGUUUGGAUGCUGAGAGAAAGAAUUUAGUAGAAAAUACUGAAAAAGCUAAACAAGAACUAAGAAUUGAAUAUUCGGAUCAAAUUAAUGAUUUACAAUGGAAAUUAACAGAAAGUAGGAAAGAACAAACUAGAGCAGUUUUGAAUAUACGCCAAUUGGAAAGAUCUUUAGAGAGAUGUAAACAGGAUCUAGAGAUGGAGAAACAUAAUGUAAUUGAAGAAAAUGAUAAAAUUCGAAAGCAUUUACAAAGCUCCGAAAGAGAAAAGAAUAUUCUUAUUGGAAAUAUAAAUGAUUCUUUAUUUAAAGAUUAUUCUUCUUUACGAAAAAAGCCAGCUAGUUUUUAUGAGAAUGAAGAGAAUAAGAAUAUGGAUAAUCUUUUGGAAGAAUUGGAAGAACUGUCGUCAGAAACUCUCAGGGAUUCGAAUGAUGUUGAAUAG